UUUUUUUACUCCAGGAUAAAUAUUUUGGUGGCAACAAGUGGGAUUUUGUCAUUGUUGUUGUUGUUGAAACAAAAAUAAAUAAAUGGAGGAGCGGAAGGAUCCGUCCGAGCGCGAGAGCGCGUCCCCUCCGGUUCUAGCGCGCGAGGCGGCGCCGCAGGUCCACCGCACCACGAACUUCUUCAUCGACAACAUCCUGCGGCCCGACUUCGGCUGCAAGCGCGAGCUCCUCUCGAGCAGGGAAAACGUCAGCCCGCUGGUCGCGAGGCCGCCGUCGCGCGCGGACUCCACCGCCGACCACCGCACUUCUUCUUCAUCUUCUUCAUCAUCUUCGUCUCCGUCGUCUUCCUCUUGUUCCUCGUCGUCGUCGUCGUCGUCGUCCAAGGUGCUGCUCGAGGGAAACACGAAGUGCGGAGACGGCUUGAAUCUCAGCGCGGUGAACGGCGCGAGCGGCGGCGGAAACGGAAACGGAGGCGCAGCAGGAGCAGCAGCAGCAGCAACAACAACAACAACAACAACAACAAGCACAACCGCUGUGGCGGCGGCCAAAGACGCCUCGCAACCUCUGCUGUGGCCCGCGUGGGUUUACUGCACGCGCUACUCGGACAGACCCUCAUCCGGACCGAGGACCCGGAAGCUGAAGAAGAAGAAGAGCGACAAGGAGGACAAGCGGCCGCGCACCGCCUUCACAGCCGAGCAGCUGCAGCGGCUCAAGGCGGAGUUCCAGGCGAGUCGCUACAUCACGGAGCAGCGGCGGCAGUCUCUCGCGCAGGAGCUCAACCUCAACGAGUCGCAGAUCAAAAUCUGGUUCCAGAACAAGAGAGCCAAGAUCAAGAAGGCGAGCGGCUACAAGAACGGACUGGCGCUGCAGCUCAUGGCGCAGGGACUCUACAACCACUCCACUACCACCAUCCAGGAGGACAAGGAGGACAGCGAGUAGCAGCGCGCCCGAGCCAGCCGAGGGUGGGGAUUAGUCGUGUUUCAACAUCAACAUCAUCAUCAUCAUCAUCAACAACAAUAAACUCAUUCACAAUUUUCUUCGUGAAUUUAAUUUAAAAUAUCGAAUUGGCGCAAUCAUUAGGGAUCCAAGCACCACACAUGCUGGAAAGCUUAUUAUUAUUAUUAUUAUUAUUAUUAUUAUUAUUAUGAGAAGAAAAUCAUCAUCACUGAUCUCCUCCUCCUCAAUGAUAGGACGCUGUUUUUUCUUUUUAAUGGACGCUGACUCAGGACGGCGACCUUUUGACAUGAAGAAAAGGACAAUAAUUCCUUAUUUAAUUCUGUACAAAUAUAUGGACUCUAUGAAGAUUUCUAUAAAUAUAAAUAUAAAUA